AUGGAGACGUCCGAGACGAGAAUUCCAGCGCCGACCGUCGCGGAGCUCGACGCGACGCGAAUCGCGUCGUGGCGCCGCGCGUUGAUCGAUAAAGUCGCGAAGCGUGCGUCGUUCAGGACCGAACUCAUCGAUGUUCCGGAGAGCUUCGUUCGAUAUCUACUCGCCGACGGCGUCGCGUGCGGUGAAGAGGAUGCAUCGUUGCCGAAGCGAAUCGCUCAGGACGCGUUCGACGCGAAGGAGAGCGCGGAGAGGUUCGGUGAGGGGUGCGAGGAGGAUGACGCGGGCGACGCGGACGCGACGGCUCGAGAGGCGUUUGAGAAUUUUACGAGAGAAAUCGGUGCGGCGAUCGAGCGGUUGGGAGGCGAAGUGGCGCCGAAGUUCGCUUGGAGUGCACCGAAAGACGCGACGUGGGUGACGGCCGGGAACACGAUGAAGUGCAGGAACGCGGAUGAGGUGGUGCUGCUGCUCAAGGCGAGCGACUCCGUGACGCACGAUUUAACAGAGGCGUACAGGGCGUGCGCGGACUACGUCGUCGAUGAGAUGGAAGACGAAGAGGACCGAGCGGUGAGAGAGCACGCGAACACCGCGCUAGCGCUGCGAGAGUGGUAUGAUUUGAAUCCAAGCAUGGAGUUCCGGUGCUUUGUCAAGACGUACAACUUGGUCGCAGUGUCCCAGCGACACGUGAAUGAUUUUUAUGAGUUUUUACUCAGAGAGAAGGAAGAAAUCGAGGAAGCGAUCGCGGAGUUCUUUGAGAAUGAAAUCUCCAAGCACUACACCGGGCGGGAUUACGUCUUCGACGUGUACGUAACACCGAAGACGCACAAGGUGAAAAUCAUGGACUUCAACGUUUGGGGAGGAACGACGCUCCCUUUGCUCUUCGACUGGAACGAGCUGGAAUCCAGGGGAAGUGACCAGGAUUGUGUUCCCGAAGACGAGCGAGGUUGGACCGAUAACGUUGAGUUUCGCGUUAUCCAAUCCCAGGGUCACAUUCGUCCCGGUUUGCAACUCGGUGUGCCAUUCGAAUUGUACGAUACCUCUGAGGGUGGUGCCAUUUCAGAAUUCAUCGCGAUGGAGGAGCAGCGACGUAGAGAAACUAAUAAUCAAUAG